AUGCAGGAGAAGCUAACGCGUGCGCUGAUCUUGGCAUCGUUUAUCGCGGUCAUUCUCGCGUCUCUCCCUGCAUGGUGGCACUUGACGACGAUUGUGCGUUUGCCGCUGCCCACCGAAAAUGUGCGCGUGUGGCAGGAAUACGGUGCUUGCCCGAUCGAAGCGACGUGGCGCGUCGUGUUGGACGUUGCGGACGCGGCGCAGGUACAUGAUUUGGCGGGCGUUUGUGCUUCGGUGCAUGACCAGCUUACUGCUCUUAGUCACGGCUCCGAAAGCAGACCAGAUGCGUUUGCCGACAAUGCAUGUUUGCAUUGGGCUGUCGAUGCUGCAAGCAACGGCGAAUUGAUCGCAACGGCGCGUGCGAAUAACACGAGCAUGAGCUCGGCGACGUAUCACAUUGCCGUUCUGUCUCAGGAGGAAUGCAAAAAUGCCUCAUUUUCUGCUUGUGCUGAUUCGCCAUCAUUAGCCAAGGACAUUACCGCGCUACUGGCGCCACUGCUUGCACGUCCCGCCGAAGAUGCUUACGCGCUGCGAGACGGCACUGUACCUGUGCGUGCAUCGUUGCAGGACGUGCGGCGCAUUGAGUAUGAAAAGCACGUUCGUGUUGUGUUUAGUCUUCUCCAUGAGGACGCAAGCAGUGGCGGCGGAUCGUCUGGCUGGGCGCUUGCUGAGCUGCUCGAGCAAGGCAUAAAAGAUCCGCUACCGUCGCAGCUUGCGCCGCUUGCACCGUUUUUUCGUCUUUUGCAUGCAAUUAAAAACGUGCAUGAGGUGCAGCUCGAGACACAAGUGCAGUGGUAUGCGCCGCUCGAAUUCACUCCGCAAGCCGAAGAGGUUGCGCCAAACGCGACUGAAUACUUUGUGUCGAUGGACAAUGCGCGUGUAUUUAUUAAUUCUGCACAGUGGAGUCUGGAGUCCUAUGGUGUUGCAGAAAGUGCUCCGCAUAUGGCAAGCAACGGCAACCAGUUUGAGGAGCAAACACUGCACUUUGUCUUUUUCCUCCCCGGUGGCAAACAUAGCCCAAUGCGCCUGCGUAGCCCCGAGACGGGGGCGGUUAUUGCACAGCCAGCAUGGCUCGUGCCGCAAUGGGGCGGUGUUGUUGUGUGGAAUCGGCCGCAUUCGCACGUAGGGCACGAACCUGCACAGCUGGACGCGGCGCUGCUACUCGACGAGCUAGUGGAGCCCAUGCGCUUGUUCACACAACAACUCCAGCAAUUGCUGGGCCUUACUUUUGCCGAUGUUGAGGAAAGCGAUGAUGUACUUCAUCUCGCCGUCCAAGGACUUGCCUGGCGCCGCACACUCGAAGUCGCGCGUGGGGCAAUCGAGACGCUUGCAAGCAUUGUGCACUUGGUACGCAAGAUCCCUAACUUGGGUGUCGAUGAGCAGGUGCGCGAUCAGUUCGCACUUGCGCUUGUAUCCCUCAAUCAGUUGCGCGACCUGUUUAACGGCACACAGUAUGUGCCCGACGUGCUGCACCGUGCUUUGCAGCUGGCGUCGAAGGCACAGACAUACGCGUCGCACGCCUUUUUCCACCCAUCCAUGCUUGCUAUGCUGUACUUUCCAGAUGAGCACAAGUAUGCGGUAUAUACCCCACUGUUUGGACCGCUGCUUGUGCCUCUGCUCGUCGCACUUGUGCGCGAAUGCAGGCACCGCAGACGCACGCAGAAUGCCGAGGCAAGUAGAACCAGCUCCAUGCACUUGAAACGACGCGUGAGUCCAUUGAAACGCGCUUUGGAAGCAACAACGACGCCGCCACGGCGCAAUGCACGAGCGCAAGGUAUGCUUACGACACUGCUCACACAAGAUUCCGCAGAAGGUGGUGCUACGGGGAGCAAGGGACGCAGAGCACGGGAUACAGUGCGCACCGACUCACAGCGUCCAUUUGCUGUGGCGGACGAUGUAUUCCGUGUUGGAGUGCCGCAGAAGAAGGCGCGUGGAUCACCGCAAAAGAUUGAGCAGGCAUCGCCGCGUGGGGGAGACGUGAGCUCGUCGUUGCGAAAGAAUAAUUGCGCAGUACAAGACGCUGCGGAUAACGAGAGUUCAGUGUAUUCGGACGCUUUGCUACGACGCUCUCCGCGGACGAGGGCUGCAGCAGAAAAAGGUGCACAGCUUGCAGAGAGUCCGCAUUGUGCCAAGCGCUUAGAGACGAAUGCGCGUACGGAUAGAGAGUGUGAACAGGCUGGGAAUGUGCUUGGUGCGACUGAAGAAACGGCACCCAUUAUGAAUACGGCGUCUGUUGACAUGGCCAAACGCGCGGUGCACGAUUCAGCGACGGACAUUUCUACGGCUGAAGGCGAUGCUCGGACAAUGACGAAGAGUGACGACGCAGGAACUCCGGACUUUGCAGAUGCGCAACAGCGUUGCAAUGUGCAAUCUUCUGCUGACGUAGCUCCUCAGGGCGCUAUUACGGGCACCACAGCACCCACCAACGAUGCAACGCGCCAUCGCCUCUAUGGAAAGCCGCAAAUUACUAGGCCACCUGGGCUUCUUCGCACGACACGUAUUCCACCGCUCCAUUCCAACCGACAGCCCUUGCCACCGCCCAAGGUGCGGUACACUGCUAAAAAGGAGGCCAAAAAGCCGGACAAGGGCUCUGACUCGGGAGAGGAUGAUACUCCGAAGCCCGAGAUUGACUACGAAAAUGAAGGAUUUUUGUAG